AUGUCUCGCCAAAGCAUGGCGCCGCAGCGCAAUCUGUCGCUCACGGAAGAAUUAGAGAAGCUUGAGCAGUCCAUCACCCUCACACUGCAAGAAAUCGACCAGAACUUUAGUCGAGCACAUCGCAUCGUCACUACAGGCAUCUUGCCAAUAGUUGAACAAUAUGGAAAACACUCCGAGGCUGUUUGGGAAGGAUCCAAGUUUUGGAAGCAGUUCUUCGAGGCAAGCGCAAACGUGUCACUCUCCGGAUACGAAGCGCCCGACCAAGACGAGGAGUCGGGUGUGCAAGAUGAAACUGAAGAGUCGCACACAUACGAAGAUGAGACAUUAGAGGAAGAAGAGGAUACUAUGACUGGCGCAACGACAACACCACCUAGACCGUUAUCUGUGCAGGAAGAGGAAGAAGAUGAGUCGACAGUAGGGUUUGGCUCACCAUCGCUUGGACAUAGUACACCACGGCCUCCACCAACCCACAAAGGCAAAGACCUCGAAGAUGAGGAUAGUGAAGACGAGGUGGGACCUCAAUUCGCAGGCAUGUCUUCUCCGUACGAGAUGCUGGCGUCAGAGUUUCGACCAAAUUUGGGCGGCACCAAGACACCCAAGCUGGCUCCCGUCACGCCAGGCAAGUCGCAGGCGCUGCCAGAUAUGACUGGCUUUGGAUCUUCGCCAUUCAUGCAGUCUACGGCAACAAAGUCUCAUUUCAACCAAGAUCCAUUACUACAUCGCGUUCUCGACAAGACCUACCGCGUGCAAGCUACACCUAUCAUUAGUCCCAGAAAGUAUAAGCCUACCGGUGCUUUCACACCUCGCGCUGGACAGCGUGGUGCACCCACCCCGAAGACUGUAACCACCGGCCUCCCACCAUGGGCUGAAGAUUCUUCUCCGCCGUCGUCCCCAGCACCACAAUUGCGUGCAGAUAUUUUCUCGCCAAUGAAGGCACCGCGUACACCUGGUGUUAGCGUGCAGACACCUGCAAAAGGCAAGAUGCCCAUGAGCAUUCAAAGAACUGGGACAAUAUUCGACGAUGAAAGCGACGAGGAUGAAGAUGACUUGGACUUCAGCCCGCCCAAGACUAUUCAGUUCCAUAUCCCGCAGAGCAAACUAUUGCAGACGCCAGCUCGUGAGGCUAGUAAGCGCAUAGUAGACGAUCUGCUUAUGACGGCUGGCGGAGAUAUCACUGACAGCACAGGCGGCAUGGACGAGGACAGUCCGAGUGUGGUAAGACGGCAGGUGGACCUCGACGACAGCUUCUAG